CAUCCUGAGCCGAAUCACAUCUUGGGUGCCACCGAUUGUACCGAAAAUAGCCAAUAUUUUCCCAGAUAACACUACACAGUCAAAAAUGAUUGUUAUCGAAGACAAAAUGUAUUGAAAAUUUUGAAAAAAAGAACUGCCUUCUUGCCUUCCGUCCAGUUUUUGAACACUUAGCAGGUGUUUUGAUUGCUUUCCAUUUCAGGGAAUCAAAUUCAGAAUGGCUACCUCGGAUGAUGAAGAUAGUGUCUCCAACAUUGACUUCUCAGUGAUAAGUUCUUCCAUUGACCUUGGCAGACCAAUGCUGGACCAAGUGGUGAAUGGUAUUCAUUAUGGCUCUCCCGAAAUCCGAAAUCUACUCCGAAAUGAAUGUGAUCUAAUCAUAGAGUGCAAGAUAUGCAGAAAUUUCUUCAGGUCUUUCCCAAACUUUGUUGCCCACAAGCGAGUGUAUUGUUUAGAAAUGAAUGCCGAUAACCUCUACAAUAACAGACAUCAAUCCAUGUUGAACAAUUCCCAGACAAAUGAAACUGUUGUUGUGGAACCAACUGCACCAGAAGAUUCUUCACCAAUACAGUCAACUCAACAGGCCACAACUGUAGAAAAAUUAGUGAAUGGGAGUUUCCAAAGCACUUCAUCUGCCUUCAGACUUUACACAGAUGUGGCAGAGGAAAUGGAGAGGCAGAAAGCUACUGCACAGAAUACUGUUGUUAAAAUGACACCAAUAGCAUCUAAUUCAAAUGCCAUGGUUAUAACUGUAACACAGGAAAAGAAUAAAGAAAGCUGUGAGUGUGGUGUGACUGAAGAUGAAGGUGCCAGUGCACCAAGCCUGCUCCGCAAUAUCUUAGAGAGGCCACUCCCUGUGUCUAAAGAGACCCAGCCUAAAGGUAAAUCUCCUGAAGAGAAAAAUGAAAAUUCUAUUAAUAUAGAAGACAAAAAGAGGGAAGGUAGCAAGCGUCAUGAAACUAGAAAACCAAUGGAAGAUCUGCGUCCCGUCCAGAGCAAUCUAGGCAGUGCAAACAGGUCAUUUCUUAGUGAACUAAGCAAAAAGGGGUUGUGCCAUAUCAAAACUUUGGAGUGCUUAGUAUGCAAUAAGCAAAUGAGCACCAAGAAAUCACUGUGGAACCAUAUGAAAUUUUUUCACUUGGGAGAAAAAACAGUAUAUCCAUGUCUUUUCUGUGACAAAACUUUUGGAAGAUUUUACAAUAUAUCAAAGCACAUUAUGUCCUGUCAUGAUAAAUCUCACAAAGACAUAGAAAAACUGAAGAGCAAAAUAAAGUCAAUGAGCUACAAAGUAGAUGAUAGUGGUGAAGAAUUGAGUCCAUCCAGUCAAAAGGAUAUUGAAGCACCAGAGAGAAGCAGAUCUGAAGGUCAAACAGUCCGUGGGAUUAAAAUCAUAAACUGUGAAGGUUGUAAGAAGGCAUUCUGGAAAGAAGAAAAUUAUGCCUCUCACAAAAAGCAAUGUAAAUCCUUAAACCCAGGUAAUAAAGUUAAGGAAAGUGUGACACCCCCAACAAAAGAGCAUACGGGGAAGACUUCUAGCCAACAAGAUGACAAGAUAUAUAGAGCCAGUAGAAACACUUCACCUGACAAGAUGAGUGUCAGUUCAGACAGUUCUCCAGAACGGUCAUCCAACAGUGCAGAAAAAUCUGAAACAUCACAAAACCAGUCCAAGAGGGUCAUUCAGACACGGCACUCUGCUGCUGUAAAACAAGACUCGUACAUGAAAACAAGGUUCCUUGACAAACGAAGAGCUGUGUUGUAUGAGAGUCCUAAAAAAUCCAAUACCUCUGUUUCUAGUUCUGACUCUAGUCCAAAGCCUUCUCCAAAGAAAGGAGUUUCUCCUAGAAAGUUGAGUAAUAGUUCAAAUGGAUCAGAAAGUCCCCUCAAUACAUCAGCGAAAUCAUCACCCAAGAAGAGAAGGUCUGCAGAUGUUAAUGAUGAGGAACUUCAAAAAGAAGCAGAUGCUGAGACCCCAGCAAAAACACCUGUAGAACGCAAUUUGGUCUCCGUCUUUGAAAAAGUUGGAACAAGGUCAAAAUCAAGAGGAAAAGAAGAGGAAGAAAAUAAAGAAACCAAGUUGGAAUCAAAUGAGAUUGUAAAUCCAACAAAAACUCAAGAUGCAUCUCCCCUGAGUGGAAAUGUCAUGCAGACAAGACAGCGGAAACCAAGAGAAGACAAAAGUAAAGAAAAAGAUACGAAAGACAAACGUAGAGACACAAGUAAUGAUUCCAAUUCUAGUAAAAACACUGACCAAAAGACAACAAAACAGAAAACUCCAUCCACAAGUAGCAACACAUCAAGGGAGUCUAGUCAGGAUCGCUUUAUUCACACAAGAAAAUCCAAGCAAUUGAUGGAAGCCAAAAAUGAAGAAACAUCAAAGAAAAGUGAAGAAAAAGUACCUACUAAAGCAACACAAAAGGAUGCUCCCAAGAUCAUUAAUACGGAGGAAAAAGAGAUAUCAGAAGAGGAAACUUCUCAAUCAGAAAAAGUGGUUUACACAAACUUGAAAAAUUUAAGUUCAGAAGAGGAAAAAAUAGUGAAAAUGAGACAAAAGAUGCAGAGUCCUAAUAAGCAUAUUUUUGCUAUUCAAGGUAAAGUUUCUGAGGAAGGCAAAGAAAAUGACAAAGAAGAAGAAGAAACGUUACCAAAUAGUGAGGACUCACAGGAGGUGCCUAAAGAAACAGAAAAGGAAGAGGUCUCCAGAAGUAGGAGGAAACAGGUUAUUUCUGUUCGUCAGUUUGAUGAGGUUGAUGGAGAAAAGGGCACCCCUGUAACAAAGCAUAAUACAAGGAGGUCUGUAGCCCAGAAAUCUACUCCCAGCACUCCAAACACCAGAAGUAGUAGCUUGGAUAGUAAAGCAGAUAAUUCUACAGGCAAAAAGAUUCCACAAUCAAAACAAGAGAUGGCAGAAACAGUAAAGAAGAAAACAGAUGAGAAGACUGGAGAUGACUCCAAACAAAAAGACAAUUGUGAUGGAGAGAAAAGACAAAGACAUCGCAGUAAGGCAGACUGGAAUUCUUUGUCUGAAAAAGAUGGUAACAAACAAACAACACAAAAACAAGAUGAGGCGAAGGACAUAGAAUCAUCAAAGGAUACUAGACGCACAAUACAAACAAGAGGGAAAUCAUUUCAUUCACAUGAAGACAAAUCAGAGAAUUCAAGUGGCACAAGUAUUGUUUACACUGCAAUUCAACCUAAGGCUCAAAGUAAGAUCUGGAAGAGUCCAAACGCUAAUGUGGUGAAGAUUCAGGAGAUCUGGGUGAAGAAGAAGCCAGGACAACCUACUGAAGAAGUGAAGCAUAGUACAAUUACAGUGAGGAAAACUUCAACAGCUCAGAGGCGUUUAUGUGAGAAAUACAGGCAUCCUAAGCGAGUUUAUGUCAUGAAAUCCAAAAAGUCAACUAAGCCCGUGUGUUUAGACAUGAAUAACAUAGAGUCCUUGCUUGACAGAGAAAAGAAACAAUGUAAAGAAUGUGGAAUUCAGUUAAAAUCCAUGUCAAAUCUGAGAAGACAUAUAGUCAGACAUCUUGGAUGGAAAAGAUAUAAAUGCAAAUUGUGCCCAUUUUCUAGUUUCAACAGGUCGGAAUGUAAUUCCCAUUUGCAAAGAAUACACAAAGAAAAGAUUGUAGGAAAGGAUAUCAACAAUCUUAUUAAAGAUCUGAAAAAAGAGGGGUCUGAAAAGAGACUUCAGAAGAAACAGCAAACUCUGAGAACAAAGCAGAGACUGGAGUCUGAAAUGGCAGCUUCAAACUCAUACAAGAAGGGGAAUGGGAUAUCAAAACUAAAAUCAUCUCCACAUAAAAGUGUGUCUCCUAAUCAGCCUGUGAAGUCUAUAAUCACAACCAGACGAAGGUCACUGAUCCAGAGUGGUCAGGAUACAAAAUCUGUUGCUGGGACUCAGAAAUCGCCAGAGACGUCCAAAAAGAUGGAAAGUGUAUCAGUUACCAAAGCCAGAAAGGAAGCAGAUACAACUUCAGAUGCUAAGCAGAAGAAUGAAGAAAACAAAAUAUGUCCUAAAAUAGAUGUGAAAGCCAGGAAGUGUAUAGAAUGCAGCAUUACAUUUGCAAAUGAUUACAAUCUUUUUCGGCAUGUUCGGAACAUUCACAAGUUUGAUACAACACAGCUGAAGAAAUCCAAAAAUGAUGCUGCAUCUAGUGUGAGUUCAAGUUCCCUAACUAGUUCAGCAAGUAUCAAGAAGAUAUCCAAAGAUUCCAAUAUGCAAGAUGACACAGCAUCUGUUAAAAGUGCUAGUUCAGAGAAAUCAACACGGAAAAGGAAACGCCAGGACAGUGGGACUUCAUCAGAAAACAAGCUUAAGAAAACAGACAAUACUAAAUCUGUUCCUGCAGAAAGGAAAAGAUCUGCUAGUUUGGAUGGGUCAUACAAUGCGAAUGAUACAUCUAGUAUAAAUCAUGAUUUGUAUGACAAUUUGUGCAGUGUGUCUGACAAUGAAAAUGAUUUCAGUGACAGGAUAGGGUCUCCUACAAGAUCAGAAGAAGGAAUGAUUCGGUUAGAACCCAGAGUGCAGACUAUGUUUGCAGCUUUAGAGGAAGCCAGAGCCACUGUGAGACAAAGGGGAAAGAAGCUGGGAAUAAGAAGGCUAAGUUCUCCUGUGAAAAAAGUAACUCCAUCACCUACCGAUAAAAAAGUAACCCCUGUACGCAGUUCAGCAAGAAUAAAACAGGAUUCCAAAACACCUACAACAAAAGAGGGACCAAUAGAAGAAUCAACUGCUUCAUCAUCAGAACAAGACGUAGUAGCUCAAUCUGAUUCAAAAUUGGCAAAAAAAGUAGAAACAUCCGAAUUGGUUUCAUCAGAAGAGAUGGAAGUAAACUCUGAAUCUGUGUCUGUAAAGGACUUGAAAUCAAAUUCAGAAGAAACAGAACAGUCAGAGUGUGAUAUGAUUGGAUCUGAAAUGAGAGAAAAGUCAGAGAUGGAUUGUGAUUCUACAGAGGCCAUUGACCAAACAGAGGAGAAAAGUGAUAAAGUCAUUGGAGAGGAACAUGAAAACGAUGUAGAGAAGUCAGCCUCAAAACAACCUGAAAACAGUUCAGUGGCAGCUAAAAAUGAAAAAGAUAAAUCUGGAGAAGAAAUACCUGCUGAAACUUGUGAAAAAGUGCCUGAUCAUUCCAUGAACUCUAUAGAAGAUGAAGUGCACAGGACAGAGCAAAAUAAAACUGAUGACGAAGUUUCACUUGAUGGUAAAGACAAGACUGUUAACAUGGAGAAUGAAGCAGACAAAUCUCUUGCUUCAGAAGUAGAAAAGGAGGUGAAUCCAACUGAUAAAAUGACUGAGACAUCUGACACUGAAAAAAUGGAAGCAGAAAACUUGAUUUGUGAAGACAGUGAUGUCAAAACCACUGUGGAUGCCAAUGUGAACAAAUGAAGAUAAAAUGAACUUCUAUUGAGUCAACUGAAUUGGAUUUAGUUAAUCAUAACAAUUUUAUGAUUUAUUUUUAUCAGUGUAUAUUAUACAUUGAAAUAUGUUCACUUUUUUCCUGUUGAUACCGAGUCAUUUAGGGUAAGGAGAGUGAGAAUCUUCAAAAGUUCUGCAUCACUGUGUUAUGUGGAAAUGGAAACUUUUUCUGGAAUGCUAAAUGAUAUCAGUUGUUAAUGUAACUUUUAAACAUGUAUCAUACAUUUAUAUUUUUAAUUAUACAUAUACAUUUCUUUAAUAAUUAAUACUGUAGAUUCCUUAUUAUACAGGAGGAAUUAAUUAUAGUGUAAUUUCGUGAGAAGCAUCACUCGCGAAAUAAAAUUACUUGCUUUUAUUUCUAUGGUGCUGAAAUCCAUAUGAAUUCUCUUGAUCAACUGUCCAUUCGGGAAUAUAUAUUCUCAAGAUUUGGCAUUAAAUAGCCAUUUAGCAUUUAAUAAGUUCCAGCGAAAAAUAAGGAAUCUACAGUAAGUAAGGUGAAAAUGUAAUAAAGCUGCACAUUAAAUUUGUUUAAAUUUGAUUUUUUUUUCUAUACACUCAAGUAUGUUCUUUUUAUUGUUAAAAUUUGAGAUAAAGGGCAUAUAUGUUCCAUUGUGAGCUUCAUUGUAGUGCAAUAUUGUUCAUUAUCAUGUUGCAUGUGCUAAAACUUUUUUUGCAUAUUUCAGUGUCUAUUGUUUUCUGGUAAUUUGCUUUUUAAAUUCAAUUGUAUGGACGAGAACCCCAAUAUUGGAAUACAUGUAUUGUCAUGUCCUGUUAAAAGGAAAGAUAGUCAAAGAGAAAUGCACUGGAUGAGUUUGCUUUUAUCUUGAAAUGUUGAAUCUACCAAUGUUAACACAUUUGUAUGUGCCUUGAUUUAUUUUGAUGAAUUGUUGAUUGAGUUGAACUAUGAAAUCUUGGAUUAUGUUAACGUUUUUAGUUAAAGUUCAAAACUACAGUGCAAUUUUGAAUUACAAAUCAUUCUGUUAGAAACUGCAUGUUUAGCUCUACUGGUCAGAGACCAGAAGAGCUUAUGCGAUAGAAAUGAGUCCGUCGUCCGUCCGUCUGUCUGUCUGUAAACAAUUUUUCAAAAUGCUACUCCUCCUACAGUUUUGGUCCAAUUUCAAUAUAACUUGGCACACAAGUAGACUACACUAAGAUACAUAAUUCUGUGCAUUGGUUUUUGAUUUCGAUGAACGGUGUUGCCGUUGUUACUAAAAAUAGAAAUUUCUGUGAAAUGCUUUCAAAAUGCUACUCCUCCUACAGUUUUGGUCCGAUUUCAAGAUAACUUGGCACACAAGUAGACUACACUAAGAUACAUAAUUCUGUGCAUCGGUUUUUAUUUUGAUCAGCAGCAAGGAUCAUUUCCUUAUUUAUUGCUGUAUAAACCAGUAGAGCUACAGUCUCGACAGAGACUUCUGGUUAUCAUAGUUAUCAUGUGUACAUGUGUUACCUAAAAUGCAUACACAUAGAAGAAUCUUGCUUCUAUCAAUUUUCUUGGUAUUCUCAAAUUUUAACAAAGUAAAAAUUCUCUAGUCAAACUAUUACUAGAUGUACUAUGCAUGUUACAUUGUUGAACAGCCAUAUGUCUUUAAACAAGCAUGUUAUAUGUAAUAAUUGAAUUCUGACAUAAAAGAAUUGACUGAAAUUGAA